AUGUCCGCCCCGGAGGAAGAGAGCAAGCAGAAGGAAGGAGAGCCCGCGGGGGAGGUGCUUUACUGCGGUGGGACAAGCUGGGAGACCAUGGGGCGUCGCCCUGCUCCGGCCAAUGGGAACUUGGUCUCUCCUACUCGGCUCCGCCCGCUGAUGGGGGUAGAUAUCCGCUCCGUGGCUUCUGGAUGCGGUAAACUCCCUCAUUCCUCCCUCUCCAUCUUCUAUUCCGGCGUUUUUUUUGUCUCACGCCUGACACAGGUUCCGUGAUUGUUUUCUGGGUGCCUCUAGCUUCGUGCCAUUGCGUGGCUCUGGAUGUGGAGGGGCGCUGCUUCACGUGGGGACGAAAUGAGGUAGGGUCUGGCCCGAGAGAAAGGUUCCUUCUCGGUGUAAUCAAUGUGGUUAACUUCCUGCUCAUUUUGUUGUCACGGAAAGCAGAAGGGGCAGCUCGGUCAUGGGGAUACUUUGCAACGUAACCUACCAACCAUUGUUUAUGGGCUCUCAAAGUAAGUAUUAUCAUUCGUCUGUAUUCUGGCCUUGCAUAUUCGUUGAUUACGUAAAAUGCAGUUGCCACAAAGCAUCAUCUGAUGUUCAGCUGGUCCCCUUUGUAAUUUAGACUUACACUACCCCCUGCUAUCUUAGGAUUGGCUUUGCCACUUUCCAAACACCUCGUUGGUUGUGUUUGCGAUUAAUCGGGAGCAGAGAAGUGACUUACUGAUGGCCAUUUUACUGCAUGCUGAUCUGUAUACCAUUGGAGAUUAUUUAUCCACAUUGGUGUUCUGAAUGUUCUUUCGAUGCUUAAUUAGUUCUACUUGAGCAGUUUGCAUUUUUUUAUAACUUAUUAUUUUCUCACCCUUCGCACAUUCUAUGCAGAACUUAUUUAGAAAUCUGCAUAAAUUCGUGACCUUUUUUCACUUUUAUUUGGAGAAUCUGGGUCUUCCCUCGUGCCAUCACUUUCCCACUUGUACUAUUGUAAAUGUAUAUAAGCAUUUCUUGGACUCAAUCCGCUUUUUUCUCAACCAUUUUUCCAAGAUUCUUCUUUCUUGGUAUACUGUUCAUAGUUGUUUAAGGAUUGUUUAUGCAUUUACAUGCACUAUUCUUCUAGUUAAUCAUUUGAAUCCACGGCAAGGAAUCAACCACAGGAUGAGAAAGCCCCUAGUAUACAUAUGCAUUGGUUACUGAUGUCUAAUUCCCCUUCUCCCUCCUCCUCCGGAAUACUUCUAUAGUAUGACCUUUUCAGAUUAAUUCACCCCUUCAACUAUGUGAAAUACAGCUAUAAGAACCGAGGGCCCCCCUUUCCCUUGUUUAGAAUAUGGUAUAUUCAAGGAGAAUAUUUCCGAGCAUAACGAUUGUUUAUUCAAGAGAUUAGCGCUACGGAGUCCCUGAUCUGCGGAAAACUGAAUCACCGAAGUUUCACCUGGACGGUGAUGCCCAGGUGCACAUAAAACAAUGAAGUGAGAAAGGGGCAGUGAGUGCCAUCUUCUACCUAUCUGGAAUGUCAAUUAUUCUCUUUGUAUUUCCUUUUUUUCUCUAUUACUUCCUCUACUCUCCGUAUAUAUGUGUCCGUGUAGUAGUCAUUUUUGUGCAAGUUGUUCUUUUGCCAUUAGUCUCUGUGGUUCUCAUGAUUUUUCUGAUUAUACACGUAUACAUAUGUUUCAUCAAUUUUGUGAGAUGGAGAGGGAGGGGGAGAGAGGGAGAGGGAGAGAGGGAGGGAGCGAUAUGUCCUCUAUCUCCUACUACUCAGUGCCACUAUAUUCUCUGUUAUCAUAAGUGUACAUAUCCAUAUAUUCUGUAUCUCUAUCUCCCACUACUCAAUGUCCAAACUAUCUUUCUCCAUCUUCUUUUUAUCUUUUUUCUGCUUCAUCUAUAACUCUACCACUUGCUCUAUUUCUCUCUCUUUCUUGAGUGCAGUAACAACAGAUCAGGGUGCAGAUGGCCCCCUUCUCAACUUUUGCUGACAUAUCAGUGCUCAAGGCAUAUUUAUUUACUGCACUUCGGUCAUUUCAACUCUACUAGGGAUAGUUUAGGCACUCUGAGUUAGUAAAAUGGACGAUUGCCAUGACAGCAUAUAUGCAUAGCAGGAAGAAUGGUAUAAAUGCCGUUGAUUUUUUUCCUCGUUUACUUUUUAAACUUAAAUACUGAUAUAAUAUAUACACAUAUUACUUAACUAUGUUGUCAUCAUACGAUGAAGAUGUCUAUCUAAUUAAAGGUUUUUUUUAUGGAAUUAUAUUCCUGUGACAUAUAUUUUACUAAAUUAUGUUGUCAUCAUACAGUGAAUAUGGGUAUCUAACUAAAUGUCUUUUAUAAGGAAUUACAUCCUGGUGCUUCUCUACUGAAUUUUCUGAUCGAUUGGAACAUGCAGUUCCUAUGACGAAUUAUUUGGAAAUUUUAUCUCACGGUUAUGUUUUGCUGAAAGAUCAGACAAUAGUUCGUUAUAUUUUUUUUCUGCUGUGGUAACAUAGAUGUUAAUGAAUGUUUUUUAUGAAUGUAGAUACAAAAUUGUUAAAGCAGGUGCUGGGAGAAAUCAUACAGUUGUGGUUACUGACGAUGGCAAAUCUUUUGCUUUUGGUUGGAACAAGCAUGGGCAGCUGGGAACUGGUUCAGCACGGACUGGUUAGGCCCAAUUUUUUGAUGUUUAUACCCAUUUUUUAAUCCAUUUUUUUAAUAUAUAGUAAUUUUUUUAAAAUUAUCUUGAAGUCAGGGUGUGCUGAGUUUGCUGGGUUCCACAUAUUGAUAGGCAUAGAACAUGAUAUUCUUUCUUUAUUUUUCAAAUGUAUGAGUUGGUUACCAUUGCCUAUAUAUUUAACUUUUCUACCGUUUACUUCAAUCUGUUAAUGAAAUGGUGGGGCAUGGCUGCCUCCCCCCCUACAAAGAAAGAUAUUUAAUGUUGGAAGAGUAGACUAUUUAGAGAACAAGACUCAUGUGUCAGCUUCUCUGAAUGUCUUAAAUGGAAAUCUGAUUUUAUUGCGGAUCUUAUUUUUCUGCCCUUGUUCUUCCAUAUGGCAUCUCGUUCUUCUUUAUCUUUGUUACUAUUCUGCUUCCAUUUUUUUCCUACCUGAUGCUUCCCUUCUUAUUUUUCUUCUGACUCAAUUUUUUCUCCAUGUCUCCUGCUUCUUCAUUUCAAUACUUAAUAGUGGAUCUAUCCUCUUACGUUUUCUUAUCUUGAUGACGCUUUUAGCUGUUCGCCCUCACUGUGAAGGUUCCUUUUUUAAAAUUUUACUUUGUUUCCAUUGCUUUCCAGUCAUUCUUAGCCGCGUAGCCUCGAAAUUAAUGGAUCAAUAAGAUUUAUAUAUUACUACUCGAAUUUCUUAAAUGGGUGGUCGGUCCUGACCUAGUUAUCUACAUUUAUUCUACUAGGUUUGGUAAUCAUCUACAUUUAUUUUAUUAGGUUUCUACUCGAAUAUAUUUAUUGUGUUGAUGUACUUAUUGAUUUUUAACUUUUGUGAUUAAUAAAUCUCUCUUUGAGGCAGUAUUAGUUCUGUAGUAUACCUGGACCUAUUUUCUUUUUUUUUUAUUUGUGUGCAUGAAAAAAUUUCGAUGCCUUUUUUGUUUACUCCAAAGAAUUCAUUAUUUGAUGAUUGUGUAUCCUCCACAAAAUCCUCAACUUCUGAAAUCAAAAUAUGUAACAUCUUCAGAGAUAGAACGAUCUCCAGUUCCUUGCACGGUUUCCCAAGUUACAAGUGCUGUAUGCGGGGCGGAUUUCACCGUGUGGCUGUCUUCACUUGAAGGGUCUUCAAUAUUGUAUGUGUGCAAACUCUUGUAACUUUGUCGAUUGCUUAUCUCUUCAUUUUGUCUUGGAUAUGUCUCAAUUUUAGAAGCUGGAUCUUUAUGAUGCAAUUUUAGACUCCGUUUCAGAGGACACAUGCUUAAUUUUGGUGGUCCCCAGUACUGCAGGUCUACCACAAUAUGGACAACUUGGGCAUGGAACAGAUAACAAGGUUAGAAAAUGAAUUUUUUUCCGUUGUUUAAAUCAUAUUCCUGCUAAUCCCUUUAACAACACGACACAAUUCGCAGUACAAUACCAAGGACAGUUCCAUUAGGCUUGCUUAUGAGGCUCAGCCUCGCCCUAAGGCAAUAGCUGCAUUUUCAGGGAAAACUGUCGUUAAAGUUGCAUGUGGGACAAACCACACAGGUUUUCUUCUUGAAAAAUCACAGUAAUUCAAUCUGUCAUUGAAGUUGCCUUUUUCUGUCAUCCCGGUUCUCAUAUUAAGUUUUUCUUCUAUUCUUUUUAUCCACAUUUUACAGUGGCUGCUGACUCAAGUGGAUUUGUUUACACGUAUGUUUUUCUAACCUUCUACUAUGAUUACCAUGUUUAUUAUUUUGUAGGAUACGCAAAUCGUUGUUUAUUGCUGUAAUUAAAGAAUUUCUCGUAAAUUUUUCAUGUUGAUUAUAUCUUUCUGCUAUGUUUUUGUUUUUUUCGUUUCAUUCCUUAAUAUUCCACGCUUUAUGCUUUUCAGGAUCAAACUCUUUUUCUGAAUGCUGUUGUGAUAAUGCACAGGAGAGUAUGGCUAGUAUGAAAUUCGUAAGCCCCCCUAAAUAAUCAAACUAUACCCAGGCAAACUCAAGUCCUAAUAUCCCCACAAUGGCAUCCUCCAUCUCUUUCCUCACGCAAAAAUGCUGCCCACUUUUUUUGACCUCAUAUAUACCACCAGGAUAAAAGUUUCUAUGUUUUACAAAAUAUACUUAUUUCUAUUUUGCCAAGGUAUCUCAAACUACUGCAUGAAGUGCAGGCCAAAAAAUGCAGCUAUCUACUUUCCAUGCCCAGCGCCAAUUCGAUUUUACUCGAAGCUCCAUAAUCUGACUUGUGCAGUGCUCAGCUCGUUUUGGAUAUAGUUUGCCAAAUCUCUUGAGAUAAAGAUUAUCCAAUGAAGAUUUUCUCCACACCAAACUAUCAAUUUUUAGCGGGGAAGGGGUUUUCAAUAACUGAUACACUACUUGGUAUCUAUAAUGUGCGAAAAAUGUGAUAAGUUGACUUGACUGAGAAGGAUCCUCCACUUCCCAUGAAAGUAGAAUUAAUGAUCUAUCCAGUGCCGUGCCUUUAGCUGGGAACUUUUGGAGUUGGACAUUAAGUCAACUGAUUGUUCAUGAAUUUACGGUCUUGUUAUAAACUAUCAUCUGAUUAGUGGAUUUGGUCUGGACUACGAUGAAAUGGCGUUCGGAUUCUUUGUGGUGUAUGAUGAAAUACGGACGUUCUCAUUUCCUCAUAUGGCAAGCUAUGACUUGUUCAAGGGGAGUUACAAAAACGUGAAUACUACGUAGCCAGGUCCUAUUACUGUUUUCAUUCUUUUGUGUCACAAUCUUGUCGUUUAUUGUCUUCCAUAGAUCUUUGUGUUGAUCUUUUUUAGAUCUUUACAUUGAUUUACUUAUACGUUAUCAACUAAUUUAACCUGUCAAAUUUCAGGUGGGGUUUUGGUGGCUAUGGAAGGUGCGGAGAAUGUCUACAGCUCUUUGUUAUUUUAAUUUAGGGUAGCCCUUACGGGUUCAUGUGCUCCUUCAUCAUAGGAGGGAUACAUACUGAAUCUUUGUUUCCGUUUUAUUAAUUUUAAGAAUAUUUAUUUGGUUCUGCGUUAUACUUACAAUUAGUUGAUUCAAUGACAAUCAGGCUGGGACACAGAGAACAGAAAGAUGAAUGGGUUCCGCGUCUUGUUGAUGUUUUCCAAAAGAAAAACGUUCUUCCACCAACUGCUAUUGUUUCAGCUGGUUCAGCUAACUCUGCUUGUACUGCUGGUACGCCUUCUUAAUUUCUCAUGUUAAAUCCUACGUGGAUGUAACUAAAUUUUAACUAUUUUUCGUAAGUUGUACCCAGCCAUUUUUCAGUGGAAUUGGCCAAAAACUUUAAUGAUUCAAAUGGAGCUAAAAAUUUCAGUACUGCCGAUUCCAUAUGAAAGUCCUUUGUGGCAUUUUCCAUGGCUUAGAAUCGAUGGUCUUUAGGGCUGAAGGGCAGCUGGAUGGGUUCGAACUUAGAUGUUUUUCUCACUACAACCACUUAGUUCCAAAUGGUAGCUAUUGAAGUCUUCAGAAGCACAACAUCAGGGAUAAGUAAUUUCAUUCAGUUCUUAACUCUUUUCAAAGGUUGAAAUUAUUAGUCAUAUUUUACAGUGGACAUAGACGAGUUUGGAGCGUCGUUAUGGAUCAUAAAUGGCAUCUUUCAAUUGAUGUUUAAUGACUUGCAUUUAUGUUGAACCAGUAGAAGCUUUUUUUCUUCAAAUUUUCUCGUGAAUUAUUUGUACAACGUUUGAGAAAGUAGAAUGCGAGUAUAUGUAGAGCUCUCUUUGCCAGAGUCCAUGUGUAAUGGAAUGAGCAAUAACCGUUGUUUUUAGUGGAACGCUUUUAAGAUCUUUGUUUCAGCGGGAUUAUAGUUAAUGAGGUUCAGUCUUUGAGAAAACAUUGAUGUAUCUGCUAAAUGUAGAUACUGAUGGGCAGAACAGGAAAACAUAUUUAGUUCAAUCCAAAGCAAGAUGGAAAAUAAUCUGGAGAGAUAGGUGUGUGGAAAUAUUUAGUUGCCGUUUUUUAGUUCAUGGUAGAACAAUCGAGAAAGAACAUCAUUUGAUUGUACUUGUCUGCAUAUAUUUUUCGUUGUUGAGGAAUGAUUGUGAAGUACUACAUUGCCUUUUAUUUCUUGAUUAUAUUUUUCCAGGAGGAGGGCAACUGUACAUGUGGGGUAAGCUAAAGAGCACGGGUGAUGAUUGGAUGUAUCCUAAGCCUGUUAUGGAUUUAAGGUAUUCUCCUUGUGUGCCUUCUUGGUUUAUUUACUUUUGAGCCGCUGUCCUAUGGACAAUUUGAUUUCUCAUUUCAGUUUUCUAAUGCUAUGUGCUAAUUUUUUGCAUCAAAUAUGAUAUUCCUCAUUUUUGCUGUUGGGUAUACAUUUACCCUCUUAAUGAAGGAGUAAAGCAAAACAAAUGCAAGACACCAUUGAAAGAUAAUACGAUAAGACAUGGAGUGAUGAGGGAAUUUCAUUUCCCGAAGUAGAUUUCACUGACAAGCUGACGACAUAAAUGCUUCUAGUAAUUGUUGGGACCAUCAGAUCUGUCCUUUCCGAACCUUACAAAGAUCAUUCUUCCCCGCUAUUGUUUGUGGAAUUAGUUCAGAACUCUGGAAAAGGCGGGGGUGGAGCCGAAUUAAAAGAUUCUGCAAAGAUCCGGUUUAUGUAACCAAACCGAGAAGAAUCUUCUUACAAAUAUUUUUGAUAAAAAGGCGCCAACACAAAAAUCUGUUAAGAUAUGUGUCCUUUGUAAAGAUUCAUUACUAAAUACCAUACGCUUGAUUCCCAAUCAAUGCAGUGUGAUAUGGUGUUUGUGAUGAUAUUGAUGUGUUUGAAACUUAUGCUACGCCUCACUAUCCUCCUCACUUUAACAGGCUGUAAAUUUUUGUCUCCUACACAUCCUCAGUUAAAAAAAACUGUGGAAUCAGCAGUGACCCUCUUCUUCUGUCAGGGUUACGCACAAUUACUUCAUUUUUUUUCACUUCACGUGUUCUCAAGAAAACUGUUUCUGGAUGAAAGACGUUGAAACAGGCCAUAAAACAAGCAGAAGAUCUGCAGUAGAGGAAAGGCAGUGCUGUGGAAACCGGUUUGUAUGGGUGAUAUAAUGGUACUUGAGGUUGUCCAUGCAAGCUAUCUUCACAUGUUUGACUGUUCAUCAAGAAAUGAAAUGCUUGGAUUUAUGUUCGUGGUUUCACUACUCGCAUCUCCCACUAGCACCUAGAUUUUCUAAUGACUUCAACUAACUGUCGCUUCAGAGAAAUAUAUUUCUUGGGAAGUGCACGUCAGGGGAAGAAUAACAUUUUAUUUAGAUUUAUAAGUGUUAAUGCACGCUUAGUACUUGAGAAAAGUCAAUUCAGGGUUGACUUUCGUGGACUGUACUGCUUUCUGCCCAAUAUGCUAGUUUCUUGGAAUUAAGACGUUUUAUGCAUCCUCUUUUUUCUGGCUUGUAGAAAAGAACACAAUAAAACAUCCUGUAUGCAUUAUCCCGUGUUUCCCUCCCAGAUUCUUCCUCUCAACUUAUUAAUAUUAGCCAUAUUUUGUGACCAUAGUAUGUAUUGUGUCUUCUCAUCGGCCGUAUCCUUUUAAUUUCUCAUUACAGUGGCUGGAACAUAAACUGCAUGGACUCGGGUAACAUGCAUCACGUCGUUGGGGCCGAUGAAUCGUGCAUCAGUUGGGGUCUUGCUCAGCAUGGCGAGCUUGGAUAUGGUCCUCUCGGGCAGAAGUGCGUCUUUGGCAACCUUCAGUUCAAUGUCAUUUUACUUGUAUCUUGAAGCUACGGGUUACACAGAUUUCAGUCAGCUUAACGUUGACAACACUGAUGAGUGUAUUCCUUUGUCGUAGAUCCUCUUCAAACCCUAAAAAAGUAGAUCUCCUCGAGGGCAUGCGCGUCACCAGGUAAGAGAACUAUUCCUUUUUUUUUUUUCCCCUAAACUUUGUUAUUUGAUCAUAAUAGUGUGGGUUACGGAGUUUUGGCAAUUUUUGUGCAGUGUUGCAUGUGGAAUGGGCCUCUCCCUGAUCGUUGUGGACAGAGCGAUUGCUGGUGACAAGCUGAACCAGGUACCUUUCAAGAUACUCUUGAUCGAUGCGUUCGUCUGCUAUAUCUCCUUUGUGCUGUUCAUGUGGCUGCUCAAGAGCCCAGUGAGUGAAUAAAACCCUCCCAAGCUGUUUUUGGAUGGUAUAAUGGAAAGUGCUAACAUACCCACUGGGAUACAGCAGCUAUAGUUUGCUUCAUUGAGGAUCCAGUUGAUCGCUAGAGAGAGAAAGAGAGAGAGAGAGAGUCACCGAUUCUAGCAACUUUGUAGAUAUACUUGUGAAAAGGUUCUCUGAUCAUCUUGUCAAUCUUUUCUUCCUACUUAAUAUAGUAAUACACAUACCCGACUGCUCUCAUCUACCUGUGAAUUUUAAUGCUGCUCUGUGUGGGUGUGGGUCUGUGUUUUGUGCUCGAUGCGCGAGUUCUCAUGUUGAUUACUCUUCCGUUGUGCAGCUCGAGGUUUAUGAUGGGGGUUAUCCCGGAGGUAUUAAUGCUCUUCUGCUGUUCCUUUCGCCUCCAUAUCUCUGUAGAUAGCACCAAACUCGGUACCUGGUUCUCUCUCUCUCUCUCUCUCUCUCUCUCUUGCUGGUGCAUCCAGAGUCUGGCCAUGGGUUCCCCUCUGGUUCUUUAGCUUCACUGAGCCUGUAGUUUUUUUAAAAAGGGAAAAUAAAAAAGGAAUCUUGACUGGUUGAUUAUUUGCACGCGUCAGUGGCAGGAGAGGGCGAAGAAGCAGAACCCGCCGGCGCCGCCACCAAGGCUGCGGCGGCACCCAGAAAGCGAGCCGCCGCCUCUGCAAAGGCCCCGAUGAAGAAGAAUAAGAAGAAGAAGAACGAGGAAGAAGGCUCCUCAGAGUCCGAAAGCGGAGACGAUAGCGGAGACACCGGGGGCAGCGAGAGCGACGGCGACAGCGGAGACGCCGGCGGUGAGGUCCCCGCUGCCGGGAAGAGGAAUCGCGGCGGCGCAAGGGGCCGCGGGAGGGGCCGCGGCCGCGGCCGCCCCCCAAAGUCCGCCGUCGCCGGCGGUGGCCGCGGCCCUGGGCGAGGCAGAGCCGGCAAGAAGGUCCGCCGCAGCUAA